GUGGAGAUUGAUAUUGGAAUGAACAAAAAACAAAGUGAAAGAAUAAAGAGUAAGCAAACAUUAACUUUCCAAGAAUCUUUGGCAUUGGCAUUUACAUAUUCUCAAGAAUCUUUGGCAUUGACAAUUUAUGUGCCUAUAGCUUCAAAAACCUUUAGCGUUAGUAUUAGUGUUAAAAUGUUUGACGAAAAUAAUGAUAUUUUUGAUGAAAUGUAUGAAGAAUCUGUUUCUUAUAAACAACCUGAAAACAGUAACAAUAUUUUUGUUAGCUCAAGCAAUAAAAUGUCUUCAAUUCCUAAUGACCAAUCUCCAAAAAAAAAAGUUAAAUUAAAUAAACGCAGAAGGCGAUAUGCUAAAAUUAGUUGGGUUUGGAGAUACUUCAAACUAAGUGAUGAUGAAAUAUGUGUUAAAUGCCAAGUUAAAACAAUGAAUUUGCGAAAUAAGUCGGUAUUAUGUAGUUGUAAGCUUCAAUAUAAUGGUGGCACAG